CCAACACUCUUUUCAUUCUUUUUAAUAUUUAUUUAUCAGCGACCAUUUCUCCAUUUCUCCUCUCAAAUUCGUUUCAUUCUUCCCCAUCUAAAUUCAAUCAAUAACUUCAUUAAAUCUCUAUACAAUCAUGUCAGAUUCACCAGCAGUUGAAAUUGAUUUCUUCCGUCUCAACGAAGAAGCAUCUUCAAAAAAACUCUCUCCUCGUAAAAAUAUCCAAGACGUGAUAUCUAAAAUCAAUCCGGAGCUUCUGAAAUCAGCAUUCGCAAACAACGGUUUCGUUGCUAACAAGUUGUCAUAUGCAUCUCACCCGCACCUUCAAACACUACCGGUUUAUAAUCAGGAGUGUAGCCGUGUUAACACCGCUGCAACCGCUACUCCUUUGACGAUUAUUUACAACGGAGUCGUUUCUGUUUUUGAUGUUUCUCCUAAUCAGGCAGAUAACAUCAUGAAACUUGUUGAUGCUGUGAAUCCGGUUUCUAAAACCUCUGUUGAACCGGUAGCCGUGAAGAAUGAAAACAAUCAAACUCCGGUGAUCGCCGGAGGAGUCAGCAAAGAUCUACCGUUGUCACGGAAGAAAUCGUUGAAGAGGUUUCUAGAGAAGCGUAAAGAAAGGAAAGAGUCCAUAUCCCCAUACGCGUCUUUGCAUUAAACAACACUUCUCGAGAAGACGAAGACGAAAAUAUUGGAUAUAUUAUAUUAUAAUAACCUAUAAACGUGACUUUUGAUUUUAGUAAUAUUUUUUUUAUUUUUUUUCUGAAGAAAAGGGGUGGGUGGUAUUUUACGGAGGCGUGGAGUUUGGCAGGUUUCAGAAAAGUCGUUAUUUUUUCUUUUUUUUUUUUAAAUUUGUAGUUGGACUUUUUGUUGGUCAACAAAAGUUACGUAUGACCAAAGUUGUUUUGUUGUUUAUCAUGGCCAAUAAUGCUCUUAUUUUGACCAGUUCAUAUACGUAAACGUGACAAUUUGUUUUCUUAUUCAA